UUAUCCGGCUCAUGAUAGCUCCACUAGACCGCAAGGAGGAUGUUGGGAGAACUCAAAAAGUGCCCCCGGUUUCCACGACUCACUUCUGGCAGAAGUUCCUGUGGUAACAACAAACAAGAUGGUGGCAACAUCACCACAGUCCAUGACAUGCGAGUGAAAAUCAGCGUAUUUCGUGACGAAACUUAUAACAUUAACAAAGAUAAAAACCUCUGAACCAUUCGUUGAGUAUUUGGGAUUACAGAUUAGAUAAUGGACCGCCAUGAAGCCGUUCAUAGACGCCGACAUCGGCCUACAUCAGUAGAUUUCGACCAGCCAAACCAGCGGUAUGUUGAUACCUGGGCGGGCACAUUUGAUACAAAGAUGUUCGGGGACGAUCUCCAGGCCUUGUGUCACAAUACAAACAUCAAUAAAGAGAUAUUGAAGGAAUCCAUGAAUACAAAAGGACCAAGAAUGAAAUUCGUAAUGCAAACAGACGAGGCUAUACCGAUGAAAAAAGCUGCCAAAGAGCCAGUCCGUUCUUCAUGGCACGACACCAAUGUGAUGUUCACUAGUUCCGCGGUGCUGGACAAUCUCAGGAAGCCAGGAUUAAUCAAUUCUGAUGAUAUGGAAACAGAAUCUGUGGUGUCACACAACGAAGGAAAAUAUGUCAACAAAUUUUGUUAUUUUUGCUCUACAAUGGAAGAACACGAACGGCACAUGUUGCUGCAGAGGAAGAAACGCCCAGUGACAGCCCUUCCUAAAAUAGAAUAUAUCGCUCCCCGUCCGAGAGUGAAGAAGAAAUACGAAGAAGAAGAAAGGAUACCUAUUCAUGAAAAUCUAUACAAAGUUGAUGUGUACACAGGCGACGUGGAUUUAGCCGGAACAACCGCUAAUGUAUUCAUUACGAUUGUUGGGGACAAGGAGGUUCUGGACAAGACCAAGUUGACUAAAGUUCGAGGGUCAUCCAGUUUCUGCUUCAUGAGAAACACAAAAGAAACAUUUUUCCUAAAGGGGCCAAGGUUGGGAGUUUUACGUAUGCUCACAAUUGAGCAUGAUGGUUUGGCAAAAAACCAUUCGUGGUAUUUAGAGAAAAUCAACGUCACGGAUAUGAAGACCAGACAUGAGUGGACAUUCUAUUGUAAGAACUGGCUGUCUCUACACAUCCCGGACUACUGCACCAAACGAGAUCUGAUGGCGAAGGAGAAACAGAUUGCUCAGGAAGAGUAUGUUAUAACGGUGAGCACUGGUAAGAAAAUGAUGGCGGGGACUGAUGCUAACAUCUUUGUCACACUGUACGGAACGGAGGGCGAGAGUAAGAAAAUACUCCUGGUGGACAAAUCGUCAGGCAAGAAGGCAUUUGAGAAAGGAAAGACUGACACAUUUGUGGUAGCCAUGCCAUCUUUGGGAGAUCUGAAGAGGCUUAGGAUUGAACAUGAUGACAAAGGUUUUGCAUCUAGUUGGCAUCUCAGCAACAUCGAGAUUUUCUCCAACAUCAAUAGAACUCAGAAGUACUACUUUAUAUACAAUGGGUGGAUCGGUAAAGAUGUUGGAGACGGAAAACUGUACCGCGACAUCAAGGCGCAGAAAUUCCUUCCAAAAGAACUCUCUUCUGGGGCCUGCACUACAUACCAGAUCACGGUGAAGACGGGCAACGUCAGGUAUGCAGGGACAGAUGCGAAUGUCUUCGUCAAGAUUCACGGUGAAAAGGGUGUUACCAAGAAACUCAUGUUAGACGACUCAAAGAACAAUUUUGAAAAGAAUAUGACCGAUGAUUUCACGGUGGAGGCUGUGGAUGUAGGAAGCAUGACUAAGAUUUUGGUCGGCCAUGACAACACUGGAGUGGGGGCUGGAUGGUUCUUAGACUUUAUCAAGAUAACUCGUCAAAUACACCGAGCAGAGCAGCAAAAAUAUCUGAAGAAGGUCAAACUGGAAAUGAAGAAAAGACAGUCGAAAAAGAAACAAAAUGAAAUGGAUUCCUUAGAAGAUGGGAUGAAAAGCAUGGGAAACCGUCCCAGCAGUGCUCUCAGGAGAGAUUCUGUUGAAGAAGAUCUUGUCACACAAGGCGGAGGUUCAAAAAGGAAGAGCUCUUCUUCAAACCGUCCCGGCAGUGCUCUCAGGAGAGGUUCAGAAGAAGAAGAUCAGUUACCGGAAAACAGACGCUCUUUAAGAAGAGGCUCGACUCAGAGUAAAAGUUCUUCCAGGGAUACACAAAGGAAAAAUAAGAAACGUUCCGACUCGUCCAGUUCCGAUUCAUCUGAGUCAUCCAGUGAGGAGGAAUCAUCCGAUGAUGAUACUGAUCACAGAAGGAAAGAUCGAAAAGGAAAGAAAAGCAAAAAGGGGAGGGGAAAACCUAAAGAAAAGGAAUUGGUAUUUAAGGUACCACUGUACGAAACGUGUCAGUUUGUUUGUAAGAAAUGGCUGGCAAAGGACGAAGAUGACGGAUUGUAUGAGAGAGAACUAGAGGCCAAAAACAAAGAACUCUUUUACAAAGAGGAAUAACAGACAGGAAGUGAAAAAUGUAUAUAUGUAAACAGCAAAAUGGAUAUAUUACAAACUUUGAUGCUUAUAGCAAAUUUUGGCCUACAACAAACUCAUACAUGUAUUUUAUGAGUUUAUAUUCGUAACCAGGAGAUGACAUGUUAAUUUUAAUAUUAAGCAAAAUUUUGUCUAGCGUUAAUGAAUUUCUUUUGUCCCUUGUGGUUUGUUAUAAGCCUUUUUUAUGUUAAACAUCAAAUCAGGGUAAAUUAAUUAGAGCUAUAAUUUAUUUAAUUAUCUCUUAUGCAUUAAAUAUUGUAUAUCAUGGAAAAGUAGAUCAACAGAAUUUGUUUAGGAGAAAUUAUUUUUCUAUUGAUUAAUUUCAACCUUUAUUAAUUAUAUAUAGUUAUAUUUUUACCUGACAUAUUAUAAACCUAUUUUUACCUGACAUAUGUUAUAAACCCAUUUUAAGAGCUCAAAAUAUCAUGUGAUCAAUCUUUACUAUAUCCUAUAAUUCCUUUAUCCUUCCUGUGAUAUUUCUACAUUAAGUGUUUCAUCUACAUGUACAUGUGUCUUGUUUUUUGUGAUACUCUGAAUCAAAGUGCAAUUAACUUAAUUACAUAAUCAACCUUUUUCAUUAUCUAUCUGCCUUCCUGUUAUUGAAUCUUAAUGUCAAUUGUUGGGUGUACCUGCAAAUGUACGACGCGUUCCCAUUCUACUGCUAUGUAUAGAUGUGUUUUAUACUGUGCGAAACAUUUCACUUGUUACGGAAUGUUAGUUCCCUAAUCAUAUGUGUCUUUCAUGUUUGUUUUGCUGAAAACAUAAAUACAGAUAUUAUAUUCAUAAAUAAUGUAAUUGUGAUGUCUUCAACAAAUUCCAUUUCCAAUUUUAUGUUUUUUAAUAUUUUAUUGAAUAUUUGAAUGAGAAGUUUUAAAGUCCCUUAAAAUUUUAGUCAUCAAAAUAAUCGUUUUACAUGAAAGAUUUAUUUAUGUUUAUAACUUAUAAAUGCUACUUUAAUAACUAUUUACCAGUGAAAUAUGGAAAAGUGUUAGUAUAUUAAAAAUUAUAACUUCACUGUAGUGGAUAAACUAUUUUUACCUUCACUAGUCAAUCCUGAACCAAGCAGUAGGUAAGUGUACCAAUUUUACAGAGCUACACAAACUUCCAUCCUGUUCGUUUAUGCAGACCAACCUGUAAACAUACUAUUUCUGGGAUUAAACCUGUUGGACCUGCAAAUGUUAAUGCAGGCUUUGGAAGUCUUUCCCAAGGCUUGCCAGAAAACAACAUCAAAUGAACAACUUUGGUCCAACUGGUCAAACCAUUCGGAAUGGGAUCAAUGAAAACCGCCCUGAUAAGGCUAGCUUCAACGAGCUUUCUAUUGAAGUGAUGACAGCAUAGUCAUUUUAUUUUUAUUUUCCUUAACAUUUACGAAGCUAAAACAAUA